AUGGUUACAGUCGAGGAAGUUCGCAAGGCUCAACGGGCGGAGGGUCCAGCCACAGUCAUGGCCAUCGGGACAGCAACUCCUUCCAACUGUGUGGAUCAGGCUACCUACCCCGACUACUACUUUCGUAUCACCAACAGCGAGCACAAGGUUGAGCUCAAAGAAAAAUUCCAGCGCAUGUGCGACAAAUCUAUGAUCAAGAAACGUUAUAUGUACUUGACUGAAGAAAUUUUAAAAGAGAACCCAAGUGUGUGCGAGUACAUGGCUCCUUCAAUUGAUGCAAGGCAGGACAUGGUGGUUGUGGAAGUCCCAAAACUUGGCAAAGAGGCUGCCACCAAAGCCAUCAAGGAAUGGGGACAGCCCAAGUCCAAAAUCACCCACUUGGUCUUUUGCACCACCAGCGGUGUCGACAUGCCUGGCGCCGACUACCAACUCACCAAGCUCUUGGGCCUCCGCCCCUCCGUCAAGCGCCUCAUGAUGUACCAGCAAGGGUGCUUCGCCGGUGGGACGGUCCUCCGUUUGGCCAAGGACUUGGCCGAAAACAACAAGGGUGCACGUGUUCUUGUUGUGUGCUCUGAGAUCACCGCGGUUACCUUCCGUGGGCCUAGUGACACCCACCUUGAUAGUCUUGUGGGCCAAGCUUUGUUUGGCGACGGUGCAGCGGCCGUAAUCAUUGGUGCGGAUCCAGUGCCCGAAGUCGAGAAGCCCUUGUUUGAAUUGGUGUCGGCGGCACAAACCAUUCUCCCCGACAGUGAUGGGGCUAUCGACGGACAUCUCCGUGAAGUAGGGCUUACAUUUCACCUUCUCAAGGAUGUUCCCGGGCUUAUUUCGAAGAACAUCGAAAAGAGCCUUAAUGAGGCUUUCAAGCCUAUUGGGAUUUCGGACUGGAACUCACUCUUCUGGAUUGCACACCCAGGUGGCCCUGCUAUUCUGGACCAAGUAGAGGCCAAGUUGGCAUUGAAGCCGGAGAAACUAGAAGCAACAAGGCAAGUGUUGUCGGAUUACGGUAACAUGUCGAGUGCUUGUGUGCUUUUUAUUUUGGACGAGGUCAGGAGGAAGUCCGCCGAGAAAGGACUCAAAACGACCGGGGAGGGACUGGAGUGGGGUGUGCUUUUCGGAUUUGGGCCCGGCCUCACGGUGGAGACCGUCGUGCUUCACAGCGUGGGUUUAACGGCUUGA